AAUCUGAUCACCUUCUGCUAUGUCCUGUCUCUUCUUACUCUGUAGGGCUUACAGCAGAUGUGAAGGGAAUCUCACCCGUGAUGAUACUAAUGGUGAUAAUUUACCUGAUGCUUUUGUUCUGGGAAAACGAGCAGAAUGAGGAAGGAGAGGGGUCCACCAUAGAGCAUCUGCAUGUGGACUACCCUCAGAGUGACUCUCUUGUAAGGUACUGCAACCACAUGGUCUUACAAAGAGUCAUCAGGGGACCUGACAAUACCUGCAAAAAGGAGCAUGUUUUCAUCCACGAGAGGCCUCGAAAUAUCAACAGUGUUUGCACCUCUCCCAAGAAAAUGACUUGUCAGAACCAUUCUUCCACUUUGUGUUUCCAGAGUUUGACAAAGUUCAGAAUGACAGUGUGUCAGCUCAUUGGAGGCACCAGAUACCCUGCCUGCAGGUACCACAUUUCCUCCGUGGAGGGGUUUAUUGUUAUCACUUGUGAUAACGUGGGGCCAGUUACUUUCCAGAGAUAUGUUAAAUAAGUUGAGACCACCGCCUGGGUCUGAGGGGUACUGGUACUCUCCUCUCUUGCAAACUUCUGUAUGGGGUACUGGUAUAUUGGUUCCUCUCUCAGGGGUACCAGUAACUGGUUCGCCCUGGAGCACACCUCAACUGUGGACAUGGGGUAAUGCUUUGUGUGAAUUGGGUAGCCACUAGUAAUUCAUCU